AUGUACUCCAAGCUCAUCACCGCCCUCGCGGCCGUCGGUGCUGGUGUUGCCUCUGCCCAGAGCAGCAACAUCUGCUCAUCGGCCACCGUUACCGUUACCGAUGCCGCCAUGGCUACCGCCCUUCCCUGCACCACCUUCACCGGUUCCGUAAAGAUCUCCGAGAGCAUCACCGGCAACAUCGAUAUCAACGGCCCCAAGACCAUCAAGGGCGACCUGAUCGUUACCAACGUCACUCAGCUUGUUGGCCUUACCUCCUCCACCCUCGCCUCCGUUGAGGGCACCUUCCAGAUGCAGGGCCUGACCCUCCUUUCUGACCUGCGCUUCACCUCGCUCGCCACCGUCGGCUCUAUCAACUGGGUCACUCUGCCCGCCCUCGGCUCCCUGGUGUUCGGUACCGCCGGUGUCACCAAGGUUAACGACAUUCUCAUCAGCGACACCUUCCUGAAGAGCUUGGACGGCCUGAACGUCGCCUCUGUCGACUCCCUCCGCAUCAACAACAACAACCAGCUUGUUUCUUACAGCAACCAGCUGGCCAACGCCACCAAGACCAUCGAGAUCAACUCCAACGGCCCCGACCUGGGUAUUACCCUCCCCAACCUUAUCUGGGCUGGUGAGAUCAUCAUUGCCGAUGCCGCCAAGGUCCAGAUGAACUCCCUCGAGGUCGUCAACGGCUCCAUCAAGUUCGACAAGAACACCUUCACCGAGUUCAUCGCCCCCAACUUGACCCAGACCACCGAUGGUGAUGUCUCCUUCAUCAACAACGUCGAGCUCACCAACCUGUCUCUGCCCCUUCUUGCCAAGACUGGUGGCGGCCUGACCAUCCAGAACAACACCCUUCUCCAGAAGAUUGACGGUCUUCCCAAGCUUAAGCAGAUUGGCGGUGCUGUUCUCCUCCGUGGCAACUUCACUGAGGUCGACCUUCCCGCUCUCGAGGACGUCAAGGGUGCCUUCGACACUCAGUCCACUGGCAACAUUGACACCUCUUGCGACGUCUUCAACAAGAUGAAGGGCCGCCAGAUCCAGGGUGACUACAAGUGCCGCAGCAACAACACCAACGCCAACAAGGACGGCGACAGCAACGGCGGCUCCGCCGGUGGCUCCACCAACAACAACAAUGGCGCCGCUGGCAACGUUGCUGUCAACACCGCCAUCCUUGGCGCUGCUGUUCUCUUCGGUCUCACUCAGCUGUUGUAA